AUGACCAAACCACAAUUCCUGAUUGAUCUCGAAAGAGACGGCUAUGUCGUCGUGCCGAAUGUCAUCUCCAAGGAGCAAUGCAAAGAGUUCCAGCAGAAAGCUUGGGAGUGGCUUGAGAGCUUUCCAUAUGGAUUCAAGAGGGAUGACAAGUCCACCUGGACGAACGAGCAUCUACCUUAUAGUACAACAGGUGGAUUGUAUAACAGAUAUAGUGUGAACCACGAAGAUUUCGUAUGGAACAUCCGAACUGAACCAGCUAUCAUCAAGAUAUUCGAACAAAUAUGGGGUACCGAAGAUCUCAUCGCUUCGUUCGACGGUAUGAACGCUUCAUUACCUAUCAACCCGAAAACAGGAAGAAAGGAUAUCAGUACUACCAAAGCUUGGCCUCAUAUCGACCAGAACCCCCGUACCGUCCAGAACUUUGAGCUUUACCAAGGGAUUGCCAAUCUCUCGCCUAAUGGACCCGAAGACGGCGGUCUUUGCGUGUUGAAAGGUUCUCACAAGUUACAUCAAGAAUAUUUCGAUCAUAUAGGUGGAUUCAAGCUCGAUCAAGACGCUGGUGUCAGAGAGAACGGAUACAACUAUAAGAUUGAUGAGAUGGAUUGGUUCAAGGGUAAAGGAUGCGAGGAAGUCAAAGUUUGUGCAGGAGAAGGAGAUUUGAUAUUAUGGGACUCGAGAACUAUCCAUUGGAACGCCAGUCCAACAGGCGAGCAAACUCGAUUCGUGACAUACGUCUGCUAUUGCCCAAAAACCUUGAUGUCGCCUGAAGAACUCGCUGUAAAAGCUCAGAUCUUCAAGGACAGGAAGGGUACCACUCAUUUCCCUUACAUGAACCGUGUCCCAGCCGAGAGACCAGGUUAUUAUAAUGCAUUACCUCGUCGACCCGAUGGACAGCUCGAUCCCGCCAACCGAACUAGACCUAGGAAUGAGCCUGAAGAGACGCCAUUGAUGCUCAAGCUCGCUGGUGUUGUAGUAUAG